UCGUCGAUUGUUGUUUCGGUUUUUCUCCUCGUCGUUGAGGACUGUCGGCAGUUCUUCAGGGUUUCAGGAUGGCUUUCAGGAUAUUGAGAGCCUGUGGCGCUCUUGCUGGGCCCAGGGUGUCCCUCAACAUCCCCAAAACUGGAUUGCAGAGGGGUCUUCCAGGGAGUCAGUGCGCCCUGGAGACGAUCAAUGAGGCGUCUCCAGUGAAGAGUUUCGUUCGGAAUGUGUCGUUCUUCAAUGAGUACCCUGCUGACCAUCUCUGGAAGUCAGCAACCCACGUGAGCAAUGCAGGAAGAAAGAGAGGUCGUGCAAAAUCCAGGAGAAUCAUAAAAAACCUGAAUAAAGGACAGGUCAUUGGAGUUGGCAAGAAGAAUAUGCUGUGGCCGGGGCUGAACGCCCCAGUCAUGAGGGGGAGGGAGCUGGUGAAUCAGCAGAAGCUGCCGGACAACCCCGAGUACGAGAAGAAGAUCUUCGCUGCCAGGGAUGCCAUAAUCAAGAAGAGGAGGGUCAAACUUUCUCCACUGGAGAGAGGGUGGAGUGGUGCUAAGCCUGGGGGAAGGAGUAUUGGGCCUCCUGAUCCUAUUGGAGAAGAGAAUUUCGAAGGUUUUGACACCCGAAUCCUCGAGUACAAAUUGGUAUCCGUUAUGACUGGAAACAUGGGGCGAAAGCGAAGAGUCAGUGCAAUGGUGAUAACAGGAAAUGGCAAUGGUCUUGCUGGUUUCGCCAUGGGGAAAGCCCCGGAGGGUCGACCGGCAUUGAAAAUGGCGAAGAAUCGAGCUGCCAUGAAGCUCAUUUACAUCAACAGGCACAAUGAGCACACUGUGUUCCACGACUUCUUCUGUCAAUUCGGGAAGACCAAGAUUUUUGUCUCGAAGAAGGCGGAGGGGUACGGGUUGCGCUGCCACAGGGCUAUCAAGACCUGUUGCGAAAUGAUUGGGAUUAAGGAUCUUUAUGCCAAGGUCGAGGGAUCUCUUCGGCUGCAGCAUAUUAUCAAGGCGUUUUUCGUUGGAUUGCUGCAACAGAAAACACAUGAACAAUUAGCUGAAGAGAAACAACUUCACGUCGUGGAACUCAGGGAGGAAAAUGGCAAUUUUCCGGUGGUCGUAGCCUCUCCCGCGAUCGUAAGAAAACCCGAAGAAAUUUCCUCCACAGAAGUCAUGGACUUUAGUCAAUACGUGAUGGGUGGCAAGGUGGUCUACAGAAAAAAGAAAUACCCGCCGUUCUACACUCGUCUGCCAUCGUGGACCAUUCGCCUGCGUAAGACCGCGUAUCUGAGGAAUAAAGAGGACGUGAGGAUUCGGCUUUACGCUGAACACGGGGAACUCAGGAGUUUCAUGACUGAUAAAUACCCUGAGGCCAAGCCCACGCUGUGGAGUGAAGUCAGGAAGCAAAGGGCAAUGGCAGCGCAAUCAGAGGAAUAAAUCGAUAUCAUAAUUAUGUAUAUAAUGGAUGUUAUGAAUAAACAGAAAGUUCUGAGUA